UUAAAUCAAAUUUAUUGUUGUACUGUAAAAACUGAGACCUUAGAACUCAUAUUUUAAGGUACGUGAUGACAUUUAAAUUGUAGAUGUAUGGGCUGCUGUAACCGCUUAACACCAGGUGGACCGUGAAAGAGACCACCCGUCUAAGCAAAAAAAAGUCACACUGAGACGCAUAACAAACAUGUUAAAUGUCAAAACAUCUUAACUUUACCACUGGUUCCCGAGAAGGCCACAGUACUCAGAAGAACCGGAGAAACAAACUUAGCGGACUUGUUUUAUAAAUAAAUAAAGUGUUCCAUUUCAGUAACUACCUAAUUUAUUAAUAGAUUCAAGGGUCUCAAAUAAGGAGUUGUUUUUUGGGUUAUAUCUAAAAUACACUUAAUAAUAGACAAGUAUAUACAGAUGACGAAUACCAAAUAUUUGAUAAAGAUACUGACCCCAUCAAGGAAUCGAUACCGGACCCUAUGCAGUAAUCACUAAGCCUACGCACUGAUCAAUAUAAAUACUUACUGUAUUCUUACUGUGUUGAUACACCUCAAUUAUUACUUAUUAUAUUACAUAUUAGAAAAAAUGACAUGAUUUAUGUGAUCAUUUUUGUCUAAUACUGAGUUCGAACACCCAAUAUGUUUUCGUGUUUGAAAUACUCUGUUACUCUGAUUUGAUGACUUGACAAAUGUUAUCUUGUCAGAUUGCCCACAAUUUUGUUUAUGAUCGUUUUGUGUAAUUGCUAAUUUCCCGAGCAUCUGUUCCUAUAACGAGCAAUUAAAUCAACACACACAAUUAAAUAACACAAAUCGUUUCAGGCAUUUUGGAGUGAUGUACUUAUCGACGGACAUAUUUUUUAAUUACGUAGAGACGAUAUUAUUAUAAAAUUUUUGAAUUCUAUCCGAAAACAAUGAUGUUGCGAUCUAAAAUCUAAAUAUUCGAUAUUCAUAUUCCAACCUAUUAACUCCCGAACGUGGUGAAAAAAUUUAACACAUUUAUUUUAUUACAAAAUGUUAUUUAGAAGAUAUCUUCCUGAAUAAUUCAAAUGACAUUUGCCAUGAACCUAAUACUUAACAAUGAAGAUCCGUAAAGACGACCUCAAUAAAACCCAUAUUGCCAAACAUCUCGGAACUCACUUGAAUGAGUUAACCAGGGGUAGAUCAAUGACAAGACACAGACGUCACGCCUGGUACCAAUGCAACCUGAACGAGAACGAUUCACGAUUGCUCCGUACCGGCAUCGUGUCGUUUAGUGGACAAUUCGAUGAUCUGUGGUAGAAGGCUGGGUGAGUUGUCUUACAAAUCGGCGCCCGUGCAUCUUUAGACUAGUCGAAGUAUAAAGCGAGGCGGUGGUAGAAGUGGAAGCCAUUCCAACUCAAACAGUGCGCCAGUGAAGUGGUGAAUACUUGACGUCAAAUAAGUGACAUAAGGAGUGCAAAAUAAUAGAUCAUGCGGUGGACGAAUUUCACAUUCAUACUACUAUCAUUAUUGAUAGGGGGCUCACUAGCGGAAUGGUCUUGGGGUGGUGAUAAAAAAGACUCAACAGCAGAUGUGGCAGAUGCAAAAACAGAAUUAUUAGAAGGUGAAAUUGUAUCCGAAGCGCAAGAAAAGAGUUUGGAGUCGAAUGCAACUGUACUCGAUGAUAUUGUCGAUGAAUUAGUUAGCCGCAAACAGGGUAGAAGUUUGGGUGGUUUCGACAACUUCGACGAUGUAUACGGUGAUCCCACGAUCAAGGAAGCCUUGGACGCAGGUGAUGACGCUGAAGCUAGAAAUCUCAUCAAAGGGCGCCUUUGUAGUUUGGGACUUGUACAAUGUGACGAUGAAGAAACUCAAGAAAAACGUACAUACGUUUCACCCGAUGAACUGAUUUACGCGCAACCAGUUGAUAUCAAGCCAAUCGGAAAGCCAGUUGCUUCAAUUCCGAUUCGAGGGCCCCCUAGGGCAUACGGUCCACCUAAGCCUAUGUUGUAUCCUCCUAGGCCUCAAAAAACUCCACCAAAAAGGAUCGGGUAUGGGGGCAACGUAAGACCGGGUUUUUCUGAAAAAUACGGAGUCUCAAACAGCAACUUCCAAUUCUCGCAGAGCGGAUCUUACGGCGGAAGUGAUGUAAACUACGUAACUAGACCUCCGAGCUAUGCAAAUGAAGCACCUUAUGUGUUCGAAAACAAACCUGGAUAUAGUAAGAAUCCGUCAUCAUUGCACUCGAGUACGAAAACAGAAUCAGUUGUUCAACAGCACGUACACCACCACUAUGUACACAGUGACGCUGAAAAGGACCCUAAAGUUAUAAUUAAGCCUGUCGCCAUCCCUGUAGGGUCGGUAGGUCACUUAGCUUCCCAAAGUCAACUUAACCAGCACUCAGAAAUCAUAACUGCCGCGGGAGGAGAUUUUAGCUCAUCGGGUGGUUUUAAGCCUAUGUCUGGUGGUUUCAUCGAUAGCAAACCAAUUUACGAAACGGACACAAUCUACGGCGGGCAAUAUGGGUAUAACAAUGUCAACAAAGGCAGUUCAAAUAUUGUGACACAGGGUUUACCGAAUCAGUACCCAAAUCAAGCUUUUGAAGAUCAAAAGUAUGGUAAUUCAUUAGGAAAUUAUGCCUCACACAGUUCCGACUUUUAUAAAAAAGAGUUACAUGUAGGAUCUGGUAACAACAUAUACAGUCAAGGUCCAGCAACUUUUGGACAAAGUAACGCAUUUCAAGAAAAUUACCAUGAAGCCAAAGCACAGGGAUUUGAAUGUGUAUGUGUUAACUACGACCAAUGCCCGAGCCAAGAAAUAAUUGGACGCCGGGACGACUUAUAUCUACCAAUUGAUCCUCGAAAUAAAGGCAGCGAAAUUGUAGCUCUCACCGAAGAACAGCUUGAUAACAUAACUAAUAUCGAAAUCACUCAGAUGACAAACACUGAAAACUCUACAAAUGAUGACGUGAAGAAAAUAAGUAAAAGAGAUGUCAAAGAAGAUAAGCCUCAGGAACAAGCUAAAGAAAUUGAACCGCGUCAAGGAUAUGCAAACCGUCCAUUAGUGCAACAAUGCCGACCAAAUCAGGUGUGCUGCCGUCGACCAUUAAGACCUCAAGCAAGUAACCGUGGCCAGUGUGGAGUUAGACAUUCACAAGGCAUAAACGGAAGAAUCAAAACACCUGCCUACGUUGAUGGAGAAAGUGAAUUUGGCGAAUACCCCUGGCAAGCAGCUAUUCUAAAGAAAGACCCCAAAGAGUCAGUUUACGCCUGUGGUGGAACGCUCAUUGAUGGCCUCCACAUUAUGACUGCUGCCCAUUGUAUUAAAUCAUAUAAGAGUUUCGAGCUGCGUGUGCGAUUAGGUGAAUGGGAUGUCAAUCGCGAUGUGGAAUUCUAUCCCUACAUUGAAAGAGAUGUAUUAUCAGUUCAUAUCCACCCAUUAUAUUACGCUGGUACUCUUGAUAACGACCUGGCAAUCCUCAAACUGGAUCAUCCAGUUGAAUGGACCAAUUAUCCUCACAUUAGCCCAGCUUGUCUUCCCGAUAAAUACACCGAUUACUCUGGACAGAGAUGCUGGACUACCGGAUGGGGAAAAGAUGCUUUCGGCUCAAACGGAAAAUACCAGAAUACAUUGAAAGAAGUCGAUGUACCUAUACUGUCACAUGGUCAAUGCCAGCAGCAGUUAAGACAAACAAGAUUGGGCUACAAUUACGAAUUAGGACAAGGAUUUAUUUGCGCUGGAGGCGAAGAAGGAAAAGACGCCUGUAAGGGUGACGGUGGUGGUCCUCUGGUCUGCGAACGCGGAGGAACAUGGCAACUUGUGGGUGUGGUGUCAUGGGGAAUCGGCUGCGGACAAGUUGGUGUGCCUGGUGUCUACGUGAAAGUAUCUCAUUACUUAGACUGGAUAUCCCAGAUCACGGGAAAAUUUUCUAAUUAUUAGUUUGAUCUUCAUUUUGUUAUAAUUACGAUACACUCUUGACUGAAAGUCGCUUAUUUAUUAGAUAAGUUAUAAGACUUUAUAUUUAAUAACGUAAAUUAUUUAGUACUAAACUUUGGAUGGUAAUAUUCAGAGUAUCAGAGUAAAUGCAUUAUGCAAUUUUAUUUUAAUAAACAUAUUACAUAUUUAAUACUGGAUUUAUUAUUUGUCUCCUCGGCAGAAUGGAAGAAAAGUAAAUUGACCACCUAUUUCAAAAUCGUUAUAGUUAAAAAUCGUUAUAGUUAAACGGUUAUGAUUUAAGCCAGGGAUUUCUAUAGUGGUUAUUAUCGGUUUCCCGGAGAUCGACAUAAACGACAAUCACACUCUAUUUAAUUAAAACGCGUUCUUUUUUGAAGUUUUUAGGAUAUUGUAUAAGUUGUCUUACUUGUUCCGAUUUGUUAUGAGAAUGAUUAAUAUUUUAAUAUGAAGUAUCAUUGUUGUACUUUUACUUUUAUUUAGAAAUCCCUUAAGAUCUAUUUAUUUAAUAAAUUUUAAAUGUUAAGUUUACUUACUAUAUCAACAGCUAUCUUUUGAAGCUGAGAAGUAUUUUGUAUCACUAGGGAAAAAUAGAGAUAGGAUUUUUUAAAUAAUUUUACUAUAGGGGUCUAAGGUAUCAGUUCAAAAGAGAUGCCUGUUGCGCAAUAUUGUUUGAGAAUCCAUAAUUUAAGCUAUGCGUUUUAUACAUAAUACUCAACUAAUUUGCUAUAAAUAGGAACUAUGUAUUUAUAACAAAAUGACUUUAACUUUCUUUAUACUAAGCUAAGCUGCACCUUCAUAGAUAAAGGCCUAAUAUUUAUAAAUUUUAUUUGUAUGUAAACUUUUUCUUCAUAGACAAUAAUUUUGAUGAACGAGAUUGAAUUUGCGUGUCAAAAUAAAGCAUUUGUUACCUGUUAGGUUUAUAUUAGUAAAACAAUUUCACAAUCCUAAUACUUUUCAAUCCAAUGACUGCAAAAAAUACUGAUCGGAAAGGGAAAAACAAAGAUCAAAAGUCUACAACUUUUCGUCAAGAAAAAAAAGAAAGCAAAAUGGUCAGAGAUUGUAGAAGAAAGUAACGAGAGAAUGCAGAAAAUACAAAAAUACGUCGAAAGCAAGAAUGAGGACAUGCCAAAGUCACCUUUUCUCAAAACCGAAUGCGAGUACAUUAACUCGGAAGUAUUUAUAAUCCUACUACCCGCACUUGAAGAAACUUUAAGAAAAGCAAAAAUUUGGGAGGCACUCGUCAGACAGAAGUGUUUUUUCAACGGGAUAGAUCAUAUUGCACAAGUGUUGUGGAACAAUAAUCCGCGUUACCCAGGGCGCAAAUUCCAAAGUCCGCAUAUAUUUAACAUGCCUUGGGCACGAGAACACCUCAAGAACAAUCCUCGUCCUUACUACCCUAAAUCGUGGUUAUGGCCCGAAGAAUACGCUGCAACCCUAAUCCAGAAGACAGUGCGCCAGUACUUUGUACAGCGACAGGAUGACGUUCAAGAAAUGCGUGAUUUUUGGAGGAAACUUAAAUUAGAACAAAGUAUUCCAGAAUUGGAUACAAAUCCAUUUUUAUCCAGGAGGUUUGCAUCUACUUCGAAUUUCCAGAAGAACUAGGUGAUUAUUUUGAGACUUUAAAUUAGUAAAUCAUGAUUUAAUCUCUAA